AUGUCUAUCAUUAGCCCUCUCAGACAAGUUUUCCCAGGAAAGCCCCAUUUCACGGAAAAAGACGUUCCAGACUUGAAGAAUAAGGUCAUCGUUGUUACUGGGGCCAACUCAGGAGUCGGCAAAGAGCUUGCCCAGAUCCUCUACGCGAAAAAUGCCAAGGUCUACAUGUUGGCACGGUCCGAAUCAAAAACAAAGGCAGCCAUCGACAGCAUCAAGGCCGCGGUACCCAUGUCAAGCGGCGACAUGAUAUUCAUUCCCCUCGACCUUGCCGACCUACCUAGCAUAAACGUCUCGGCCAACGAGCUUCUCCGCAGGGAACAGAAGAUUCAUCUUCUAUUUAACAAUGCAGGUGUCGGAUACCCGGAGAAGGGGUCCAAGACGAAGCAAGGCUACGAGCUACAAGUCGGCGUGAACUGCAUCGGCGCCUUUGCCCUCACCAAGCUACUAACCCAAACCAUCGUCGCAACGGCAAAAGCAUCACCGCCCAACACCGUCCGCGUCGUCUGGGUCUCGUCCUCGGCCGCCGAGGGGGCUAACCCCAAUACCUUCAUGGCGAGUCUCCCCGACAUCCAAAAUAAGGGCUCGGCGCAGGGAUACUUCGCCAGCAAGCUGGGCAAUUACUUCCACGCCACUGAAUUCGCGGCCCGCCACAAAGAAGACGGGAUCAUGUCCAUCCCACUGAACCCUGGGAAUCUUGACUCCGACUUUUGGCGGUCUCAAGGCCCUAUUUUGACAUACUUGCUUCAGAAGACGGUCCUUUUUCCCCCAAAAUAUGGCGCCUAUACAGCUUUGUUCGCUGGCUUCUCACCCCAAGUUACUCCGGAAAUGUCCGGCCACUUCGUUGCUCCAUGGGGAAGGUUCUGGAACGUUUCCAAGCAAAUGAUCGCUGCGUCCAAGUCCAAGUCCGAGGGCGGCACUGGGGUGGCGGCGGAUUUUUGGAAAUGGACCGAUGAUCAGGUGCAAUUGUACAUUUGA